UCGGGCUAAGAUGGGGAAGGAGCAAGAACUGCUAGAGGCGGCCCGCACUGGGAAUCUCGCCGCCGUUGAGAAGCUUCUGUCCGCGAGACGCCAGUCGGCAGGGACCGGCAGUGGAACUAGGUCCAGCUUGCUCAGCCUAUGGCGUGGCCCCAGUGUAAACUGCGCAGACAGCACAGGAUACACCCCCCUCCACCACGCCGCCCUCAACGGACAAAGUGAGGUGGUGCAGGCGUUGCUAAGGAACGAGGCGCUGACCAACAUCGCUGAUCACAAGGGCUGCUCUCCGCUGCACCUGGCCGCCUGGCGGGGCGAUGAGCGGAUCGUCCGGCUGCUGAUCCACCAGAGCCCGUCACAGCCCAAACUCAACGAGCAGAACAACGACAACGACACCCCGCUGCACUGCGCGGCGCAGUACGGCCACGCCGAGGUGGUGCGCCUCCUGCUGGCGGAGCAGGCCGACCCCGCCACGCGCAACAACCGCCUGGAGACGCCGCUGGACCUGGCGGCGCUCUACGGCCGCCUGGAGGUGGUGCGCCUCCUGCUGGCCGCCGGCCCCGCCCUGCUGGCCUGCCGCGCCCCCACGCACACGCCCCUCCACCUGGCCGCCCGCAACGGGCACCUGCCCGUGGUGCAGGUCCUGCUGGAGGCCGGCAUGGACAUCAACUGCGAGACAGAGAAGGGGAGUGCGUUGCACGAGGCCGCGCUGUUUGGGAAGACGGACGUGGUGCAGAAGCUGCUCAGCGCAGGGAUUGAUGCCAACAUGGUGGACUCCCGGGGGCACACCGCGCUGGACACGGUGAGGGAGGUGCCCUCCCGAAAGAGUCGCGAGAUCGCCGCUCUCAUCCGCGGUCACAUGACAGGAAAUGCAUAUGACAUGGACCUUCCCCCUCCUCCCCCCUCCCCACCCUAUCCAGAUAGGGCCAGCCCCAGGGUAACAGAGCUGAAUGAGCAGUUUUCGGGACCCGAGGAGGAGAAUCCGUACGAGGCCCUGCUUGAGGACACUUCCUGUCACUCCCUGGACAGCCUGGCCAGCGGGAAAUCCUCGGACCGGGAAUCGGGCCGACUGGACAGCGAAGGAGGCAAGAAGGAGCGUCACCCUGACCCUGCACCGCCGUCUCCAGACAUCCCGGAGGAAGUCGGCUCUGAGACCCUGCAUGCUAACGGCAGCCUGGACGAGAAGGAGGUGACAGGUGAGGAGGACACAGGAGAUCCCACCUACGAGCUUCUGUCCACUCCCAAAACCAGAGGUCCUCUCUCCAGGCAAGACUCUGUGUCCCAGACAGAUGAGGAUGAUGUCACCAUUCCUCCCAGCAGUCUGCUACCUCAGAACCGAAAUCCGUCGCCCCAGACCAACCCGGGCCAGACCCUGCCUCUCCUGGGACAGGAGCUGGAUGCUGAGCGUCCAGGAUUGAGAGCACACCCAGGAGAUACCGCCCAGCCCGCUAGAGUCCGGAGCACCGCCGCCACCGCCGCCGUCGCCGUUGCCGUUCCGGAGCAGUUCGCGGGCCUCCUCCACGGCUCCUCCCCCGUGACCGAGGGCAGGGAGGACCCCUUCCGGACGCCGAGCGGGGCCCCCCCCGCGCGCCCCGCCCCAGGGGACCCCAGGACGGGCCCCUCGGCCAUGUCGGCCCCGCUGCUGGACCGCGACCCCACCGCCAUCUACGCCACCGUGGUGCACUCCAGGGCCCGGGACGUCCGGGACCCGCCCGACGCCACGCCCCCCGGAAAGGCCCGCCCCGCCCCGGGGGACCUGAAGCUGACCCGCAGCCUCUCCAAGUCGGACUCGGACCUGCUGGUGUCGCCCCCCGGCGAGGAGGAGGGGGGGCUCGGGGGCCGGAGCGAGUCCGUCUCCGACUGCAGCGCCGGGAAGAAGCACAUGGAGCGGUCCCCCUCUUUCACCUCCGAAUGGGACGAGAUUGAGAAGAUCAUGAACCUGAUUGGAGCUGGCAUCCAGUUCUCCAGGGAUCCACCUGUCACUCCUACAGCCGUCGGGCCCCCCCGCCGCGGCUGCCCCCCCCCAGCCGGGACGCUGUCGCCCCCGCUCUGCUCCUCCUGCUGCCCCUGCGCCCGGCUCUGCUGGCCCAGGAUGAUGUGGCAGUGCCACGUCUCGGCGGCCGGCUGCCGCUGCUACCGCCUGAAGGGCUUCUCCCUGCUCAAGCACCUCCCCCUCUCUGCAGGCGGGGCCUGUGGGCGUGUCCUGGACCAGCCCGUGGGCGAGUGGCUGGACGGCGUGGGCCUGCCCCAGUACGAGAGCAGGCUGCUGCUCAACGGCUUCGACGACCUGCGCUUCAUGGGCGGAGAUGUGAUGGAGGACCAAGACCUUCGUGAGAUUGGGAUCACUGACCCGGGACACAGAAAAAAGAUCUUGCAUGCAGCACGUGCCCUGCCCAAGGUGAAGGCCCUGGGCUAUGAUGGCAGCACCUCGCUGUCCUCCUGGCUGGACGGCCUCGGGCUGCAGGAGUACCUGCACAACUUCCUGUCCAGCGGCUACCGCACCCUGGACAGCGUGAAGAACCUGUGGGAGCUGGAAAUCGUCAAUGUGCUGAAGAUCGGGCUCCUGGGACACAGGAAGAGGAUCAUCGCCUCUCUGGCGGAGCGACCGUACGAGGAAGCCCCCGCCAAACCCCCCCGCCUGUCUCAGAUUAGAUGUCAGGACCUGGCGUCUCAGAGGUCCUCCCCGAUCAGUCACAUGGACUCCUACCUGGGACGCUCCAUGGACCCGCUGCUUCCCCCGGGGGAUUCUGGGAGAUGGAGUGACAUGGACCAAGAGUAUGAGGCAUCCGCUCGCCGCCCCCGAAGUGCCCGCCCCCGAUCUCACGAGCGGCAGAACGACCGGCAGCGGGAGACCCGGCUGACUCUGCGGCCGCCCAGCCACGCCGCGCCCUACGGGCCCACCCCCUCCUGGCAGCACCAGCCCGAGAAGCUCAUCUUCGAGUCCUGUGGCUACGAAGCUAGCUACCUGGGAUCGAUGCUCAUUAAGGACCUGAGGGGCACAGACUCCACCCAAGAUGCCUGCGCCAAAAUGAGGAGGUCAAUAGAGCAGAUGAGGAAGGUGCCUACCAUCAUCCUCUCCAUCACGUACAGAGGGGUGAAGUUCAUCGACGCAGGGGGUAAGAACGUGAUCGCGGAGCACGAGAUCCGGAACAUUUCCUGUGCGGCCCAGGACCCGGACGACCUCUGCACCUUCGCCUACAUCACCAAGGACCUGCAGAGCAACCGCCACUACUGCCACGUCUUCAGCACGGUGGACAUGAACCUGACCUAUGAGAUCAUCCUGACUCUGGGACAGGCAUUCGAGGUGGCCUAUCAGCUGGCUCUCCAGGCCCAGAGGACCAGGCAACAAGUGAUUUCGUCAGGCCCGGGGUCGGAGGUCAUCGAGACCCGGUCAAGCCGACCCAUGUCCAGCUCCCGUCGGUUGUCAGCGAGUGCACCUGUGCUGCAGAGCCGCUGUCAUGCGUGUUCGGCGCACCGACCCUCCUUCCUUCCGCUGCGCUCUCUCAGUCCUACAGUCCAGCUGGUGGACCCUAUGGAGCUUGAAGCAGAGACACAUUCCCUGGGCAGUACCACGUGGCUGUCGGACCAGAGGGACUCUACCAAGCGCCCCAUCAACACCACCAAGUAUGAAACAACCAUAUUCUGAAGUUGGCCACGCCCCCCCCCCCCCCCCACUUCCCUUGUGCUCUGUGCCUUCUCACUGUGACUCCGCCUCCCCCCCAGGACUGGCCCCAAUCCCCCUCUCCUGCCCUCCGUGUGCUUCUGUACAGGGAGCUCCUCCCCUCUCGUCCAGCUGACCCUGUGAUGUCAUACCCUCAUGACUGCUGACGCUGCAGUCAUGGCCAGAGCGUGUUGCCCUCCUGUGCGCUAACUUCACUUCGCUGAAAGUAGUCCCGACGUCCAGGCAGUUAUUCCUCACUUCAUAGGUUUAAAUACCCUCUGUGAACUGAUGUUCUAAAAUUUUUUAUUUUAUUAUAUAGGCUUUGUGCCAUUAAUUUCUGUUCCUCAGACCUGCCCAAAAACUGCCUUGGAGGAUUUGUCCCUGUUUGUAGACACGGAUGUCUGAUUCAUUUUUUUUGAGAAUUCGUCGGCCACGUAGCACAUUUAAAACUUACUUACCUUCCAUGCGUUCAGCACAUAAGUACGUCUGUUUUUUACGCAUCAUCUCAACCUUGUCACUCGUGUUCUUUGUGUUCUUAUCAUGUCUGAACGUUAAUGUGUUGAUGCCAAAGCUGUAGUAUUCCUGAGCUUUUAAUCAGAUGCCCCUGUCCCGCGCAAAACACGAUGACAACGUGUCCCCAAACCUCCUUGCGCCCCCCUCACCCCCCACCCCCAUUUCCUCACACUUCCUGAGGAAAUAACACCCCUCCUCUUUUUGACAAUCCGGUCUUCCUCUCUUUCCACUCGUUCUUCUCACGUUUCUGUCCCUGGUGAUGAUGCAAUCAUGUUUCCGUUCUGAUACACUUCCUGUCUUACCAGGCGUCGCCCUCUCUGAAGAAGUGCUCUCUCUCUCUCUCUCUCUAUCGCCCUCUCUCUUUGCCGUUUGGUACUUACCGCCUGUAGUGCCCAGGCUGGGAUUUUCAAAAAAUGCCAUUCGGCACAACGGAACAGAACAAUCACCCUGUUUUUGAAGAAAACAAUUUUUUGUGUCUUUUUUUUUUUUUUUUUUUUUGCAAACCGUUCCAGAAUCGGAGUGCAAAUGUUUGUCCCAUCCUCUUCCGGUGGAAUGUCUACUGGCUCCCACCGGGUCAAAAGCACUCUAUCUGUAGUUCGGAACUCUAUGGUCCAGUGGAGUGAACCUGCUUUUCCACAAGUAAGAAGAGCCAACCUUCAGCAUAGACUCCCGCUUGUCUUCUCUGAUCUUGACUGAGUCGCAUGCAAUUGCAUCAGAGUACCUAAAAUGGAGUCCCCUCGCCCUAGAUACACUGCUCGUCGUACCUUACUUGAUCCAGUGCCAUUACACAGUCGUAGCCAGUGGCUUCAAAGUUCCAGACUUAUUUUUCCAAACACUGUGAUUUGAUUAUAGGUUGACAGUAAGAUGUAGCCACAUCCAGUUUAAUCUCUCUCUCCUGGUCCUGGUUUCUAAAUGAUCUUAGAACGUUUGUGGCCAGUGGCUGUUAAGCUGCAGUGUGUUAGGCUAACUGUACUUCCUCCCGAUUCUCUGACUGUUAGAUGCUACACCGGGUUGUGGUCUUUAAUCGUAUUUGUUGAUGUAAAUGGUUUAGUUGGUUGGCAGACAUAGGCUGUAGUCAUUGUGCUUUGGCAUGCAGGCACUACUUUACAGUUUUAUCCUAUUUCAGUUGCAGAAUUGAAAUAAUUGCGACAUGGCCUGUAGUGUUUUUGGACUUUUGUAGCCCACCUGGUGCAUGGUGUCUUAACUCGUGUGAUUUUUUUAAGGCAUUGGAUGACUUUUGAUUUUCUUCUUCCAUUCCAUUUCAUGUAUUUCACGUGUCAUAUUUUUUUCUGUGGUGUCUUCCUCCUCUCCUGUGUUUUUAAAAAUGUAAAUGCAGUUUUGCUAAUUGAUUUCAGUAGUCACUGAACUAAGAAAUCAAAUCUCA